AUGGCUUCUUUCCCUCCACAACAAUCUUAUCCUUCUAAUGUCCAGCUUCCUCGUAGGUUGCAACGUCCAUCCUAUGCCGAGGUUCCUAGACAAAAUAUUGCUGCUAUCGCUCCUGAACUCUCUGAAAUUCCGAUGGACUACGUCAGACGUAGUCUCAAGCUCCAGGCAAACCAGAUGUUUGCUGGUAUCGCAGCACUUUCCCAAUCUCAUCUGCCUCAGAGCAUCUCUCGCUCCCAAGUGCACCAUACCCCUAGUCUAACCAUUCCAAUUCGCCCAUCCGCCUCCUCCUCUUCCUACCCCACACACAUACUUGCACUUUCCAGAUCAUCCAGCUCCUCCGAUUCGUAUGUCACCCUUGUGCCGACCCACGCCCUCAUUCUCGCAUCAAAUUGCGCUUCAUUACCCCGCCUCCCCCCCUCAGCUUCUUCUCACGGCGCUACUGUUAGCGUCACUCUUCCAGUACUUCCUCUUACAAUACCCGCCCCAUCCGCGUUCGGCCCCUUGCACACUUUCCUCUACACUCAUUCUACACCUCAACUACUCUCCGCACUCCUCCCAGCUGUCCCAGGCUCUUUCUUAUCCACUCUCACGUCCCCACAAGCACUCCGAGGCACACUUGCCUCUGGGCCUGCACUCCAUACCCUUUCCGCCCACCUUAUGUCAUCUGCCCCCGGUAUGGGUGCACUUACCAACGUCGCCCAGAACAUUGCGGCUGUAUGGAGAAACGCAGUUGCCUUGGGUGUGCACGAUCCCGAACUCUGGGACUGUCUUGACCUAGCCUGGGAGGUCAUCUUGGGUGCUAUGAACCUCGGUGCCGGAGCGCGCUAA